AUGGCCACAUGGGAGUCGAUUCUGCUCACGAGUACCUACGGCCUUACUGAUGGCGGACGAGCCGGCAUGGUCUAUGUGUAUCUUGGAUCAUUUGUGGGAUUUUUCGCCGCCGUUAUCUCCAUGGCUGAGAUUGCCUCAAUCCAGCUCCCCAACGUCGGGUGGACAGUACCACUGGCGCUAAUCCAGCUUCCAGGUUGGCUUUCGGUUCUAGGCUGGCAGGCGGCUUUUGCCAGUAUUUGCUACCUUUGCGGUACUCUGAUUCAAGGAUUACUGGUCUUUAACUACUCGAAUCCCUCCGGUUGGGUAUAUGGCUUUGAGCGCUGGCAUGGGACAUUACUGACCAUCGCUAUCGCCGCUGUCGGAACUGUGGUGAAUACCUGGGGCUACAAGAUUCUCCCUCCCAUGGAGGGCCUCAUCCUCGCCAUUCACCUCUUCGGCUUCAUUGUUGUUGUCGUCCUGAUGUGGGUUAUGUCCCCAGGAAAGGCCUCUGGGGAAUCUGUCUGGAAGGAGUUCACAAACUCUGGCGAAUGGCCGAGCAUGGGCCUCGCGUGUCUGGUGGGCCAGCUGACUCCAAUCUUCUCCUGGACAGGCCCGGAUGCUGCUACACAUAUGUCCGAAGAGGUCCAAAAUGCUGCCUUUGUUGUACCAUGGUGUAUGGUUUCGACCGCUUUGAUCAACGGCGGCCUCGGUUUCAUCAUACUAAUCACCUUGCUGUAUAAGAUGGGGGACAUACAGGAUGUGCUUGCCCCGGCUAGUGGAUUCUCCUUCCUCCCGGCAGUUAAUCAUGCUACCGGUUCCAUGGCUGCUAUCAAUGCUGUGGCCGCUAUCAUUCUUGUCAUGGAAGUCUGCAGCGCGAUCGGCAUUCUUGCGACAGUCUCUCGCCAGACUUUUGCUUUUGCUCGCGAUGAUGCCUUGCCGUUCUCGAAGCAUCUGGCUCAUGUAAAUCGACAUACCCAAAUUCCCAUCUGCUCUGUGUUGGUGUCAACCAUUAUUACCGUGCUGCUGAGCUUGAUCAACAUCGGAUCUACUGCGGCUUUCAAUGCUGUCGCAUCUGUGAUGAUCGCUGCACUUUUUACUACUUACAUCUUGCCAAUUGCUGCGGUCGUUCGUCUCCGUUUUCAACCGGGUGGUAUCCCCCGCUCGCGAUUUUCACUCGGUAUGUUCGGGUUGGCGAUUAAUAUCUUCUCACUAGCUUGGCUUUGCUUUGCCAUAAUUUUCACCUUCUUCCCAACCGCCAAUCACCCGACCCCGGUGGAUAUGAAUUGGUCUAUCCUUGUUUUUGGAGCGGUGAUAAUCUUUGCAAUUGCUUUGUACAUUCUGCAUGGCCGCCGCGUAUAUCGUUCGCCUGUGACCCAAGUGCGCAAGGUUGACUAG